AUGAUGCGUCCCAACCACGGCUUCAUCCUGCUUCUCCUUAACGGGACCGCUUGUUUGGUGGCCCUGGGUCAAGAAGACGACUCGUCCAGCCCCAAGAGCUCUUCAGACGACUCAUCCAAGACGGUGGGCCUCCUGAGCGGGCAGGCGUCGAUCUCGCCCCUGAGCCGCUGGAUGCUUCACAGUAAGAGCAGAGCGGCUAAUGCCACCUCUUUGGAGCUGCCCUACCGCUCCCCGGUCCCUUUCUCCAAGGAGGAGUUUCCUAAACAGGAGUUCUGGGAGAUGUUGGGCAGCGACCUGCUUAAACCUGACGGCUCGAGCUCCAGGGUUAAACGUCGGCCCAUCGUUAAGACCGGCAAGUUCAAGAAGAUGUUUGGCUGGGGAGACUUCUAUUCCAAUAUCAAGACGGUGCGGCUUAACCUGCUGAUCACUGGCAAGAUCGUGGACCACGGUAACGGCACGUUCAGCGUCUACUUCCGACACAACUCAACGGGCCAGGGAAACAUCUCGGUCAGCCUGGUGCCACCUGUUAAGGCGGUGGAGUUUGAUCUAGAGCGCCAGAGCGUGGUCUAUCCCAAGGACUCCAAGAUCUUCAACUGCCGCGUGGACUAUGAGAAGGUGGAUCGCAGCAAGCGCACCUCGCUGUGCAACUACGACCCGUCCAAGACCUGCUUCCAGGAGCAGAUUCAGAGCCAUGUGUCCUGGAUUUGCUCUAAGCCUUUCAAAGUCAUCUGUAUCUAUAUUUCCUUCUACAGUACGGACUACCGCCUGGUCCAGAAGGUUUGCCCGGACUACAACUACCAUAAUGAGAUGCCCUACCUGCCCUCGGGCUAA